CCGCGUGUGUUUUACUUGAAAGCGGUUGUUUUUCGUGUUCAACGUGCUCCUAAUCUGUGCACAAAUCCGUCAAACGUUCCAUCUGCGUUUAAUCUUUACCCUAAAGAAUAGUUUAAGAACACAAAAUGCAACAGGACGAGAUCGUAUGGAGCAUCAUCAGCCGGCAGUUCUGUUCCUAUCAGGUAAAAACACAGACACAAAACUUCUGCCGAAACGAGUACAGUCUGACGGGGCUGUGUUCCCGAAAGGCAUGCCCGCUGGCGAACAGCCAGUACGCCACGAUCCGGGAGGAAAACGGUAUCAUCUAUCUGUACAUGAAAACGGCCGAGCGGAAUGCUUUCCCCUCGAAGCACUGGGAGAAGGUGAAGCUUUCGCGAAACUAUGAAAAAGCCAUCUAUCAGAUUAACGAGAAUCUGCUCUACUGGGAUCGGUUCGUGCGGUUGAAGUGCAAGCAGCGGUUCACCAAGAUUACGCAGUAUCUGAUUCGGAUGCGUAAGCUGAAGCUGCGCCGGCAGAAGCUGCUGGUGCCGUUGGCAACGAAGAUCGAACGGCGGGAAAAGAGACGCGAGGAGAAGGCACUGGUUGCCGCUCGGAUCGAUAAUGCUAUCGAGAAGGAACUGAUGGAACGGCUCAAGAAGGGUACCUACGAGGAUAUCUAUAACUUUCCGCAGGUGGCUUUCAAUAAGGCACUCGAGGCGGAGGAGGUGGAAGAUGAGGAGGAGGAAGCGGAUCAGGAAGCGGAAGCCGACAGUGAUAGGGAGCAGGAGGUGGAGAAGGAAAUGGAGCUGGAUGAGGAGCUGCAACGGGAGUUCGAUAUGGAUGAUGAGUUUGUGGAGGCUGAUUCUGAGGAUGAGGACGAUGAUGAUGAUGACGAUGAGGAUGUUGAUGAUGAUGGAGAGGAUGGUGAUGAUCAGGAUAUGUCCGAUGCAGAAAGUGAAUCAGGACUUAAGGAGCGAGUGAUAGUGGACAGUGAUUUCGAGUCGUCCGAUGAGGAGGAUAUUGAGGACAUCGCACCGAAGGUAACCCCGCGACUACCGAAGAAACCGGCUAAGAAAGGCACGAACGCUGCUGCUGGUCCUUCGACCAGCUCCACCGUUAACCCGAGGAAACCGAAGAAACUCCGCAAGCCACACCUGGAGAUCGAGUAUGAGGUGGAAACCGCCCCAACGAGGCAUCGCCUACAUAAGUGAGAUGCCCUACAGCAAUGGGGCCACUCUGCGCUUCCUGUUGCCGGCUCCGUUCCGAGGCAACCAUCAGGAUUGCAACCUGACCCGCCUGUCGCAGAGCUCCGAUUCGGUGUACCGGGACGAGGCGGACGAUCAGCUCGGUUCUAUCACGCCGCUCGCUUACCGCCCGACGGCGGAGGCCAGCGGCAUCGGCAGCACCAUCAGCUAUGGCGGCAGUCCUAA